AUGGCCGAAGAGGAACCAGACUACUCAAGCAUCCCCCUCCCUGACCGCGCCGUCCACAAGAUAUGGAAGGUUCGUAAGGGUGCCUACGAAGAAGCUGCUGCUGAUUUCGCAAGGUCGCCAGACGAGAGUGACCCGUGCUUCCAACCCUGGUUACAUGACUCAGGAUUAUGGACCAAGGUAGUACUAGAUUCCAACGUUGCUGCCCAGCAGGAGGGUAUUGCUGCGUUGUGUGCGUUUCUACAAUAUGGCGGAAUUAAUGCGUGUUUACGGACACGAUCACACAUAAUUGGACCUCUCGUCGAAAAAGGUUUAUCGUCUACUCGUGCCGCUACGAAAGAAAAGUCCCUCGAGGCUCUCCUUCUCUAUAUAGAACUUGAUACCCCCGUUCCGGUGAUGGAAUCACUAGUUCCCUUUCUAUCCCACAAAAUGCCCAAAAUCAUUGCCGCUACUUUAUCCGCUAUAACAGGAAUAUUUGCAGCUUAUGGUGCGCGAACCGUUGAUCCCAAGCCAGUUCUGAAGGUGCUCCCCGGUGCCUUCGCACACGCGGAUAAGAAUGUUAGAGCAGAGGCUACUAAACUUGCGAUCGAGCUGUACAAGUGGCUUAAGGAUGCGAUCAAACCCAUGUUCUUUAACGACCUGAAGCCGGCUCAACAAAAAGAUCUAGACGAGGCAUUUGAGAAGGUUAAGGAGGAAACACCAAAGCAGGAGAGGCUAUUGCGAUCUCAACAAGCUGCUGGGGUACAGGAAGAAGCGGUUGAAGAUGAAGUUGAGGUUGAUGCUUUUGAUUUGGCUGAACCAGUGGAUGUUCUCUCGAAAAUGCCACCGGAAUUUGACGAGCAAGUUAGUUCUAGCAAGUGGAAGGAGAGAAAAGAUGCGCUGGAAGCUCUCCAGGUUUUAAUUAACGUACCAAGAAUUAAAGACGGCGAUUUCAACGAAAUUAUACGGGCCUUGGCCAAGUGUAUGAAGGACGCCAACGUUGCUGUGGUAACGGUGGCAGCAAAUUGUAUUGAAUUACUAGCGAAUGGUUUGAGAAAAGGGUUUGCAAAACACAAGCAGACCGUGCUGUCGCCCAUCUUGGAGAGAUUGAAGGAGAAGAAGCAGAGUGUGAUCGAUGCUCUUGCCAAAGCUUUAGAUGCAGUUUUUGGAGCAACCUCACUUACAGAUAUUCUUGAAGACAUAUUAGAGUACCUUAAACACAAGAAUCCUAACGUCAAACUUGAGACUUUACGAUUUUUGAUUCGAUGCCUUCGGGUCACCCGGGAAUUUCCUUCAAAACCGGAAUGCAAAAAUAUUGCUGAAGGCUCAGCUAAAAUGUUGAGCGAUACUAGUGGUCCUGUCCGUGAUGGGGCAGCUGAAGCCAUGGGUACACUUAUGAAAAUUAUUGGAGAGCGAGCCAUGAACCCAUUCUUGGAUGGUCUUGAUGAUAUCCGAAAGGCCAAAAUAAAGGAAUUCUUUGAGACAGCUGAAGUAAAAGCGAAGGAGAAGCCGAAGCCAGUUGCGCCUCCCCCACCGCCGCCCGUCGCUACGAAAGCUCCCGCGAAGAAAGUUCUCAAAUCUGGGUCAAAGACUGUCAAAAAGAUUGCCCCACCCUCUCAGUACGCCCAGGAGCCUGCAAAGCCUAGUGAAGCCCCUCGUGCAAUUCCGGGAAGCAAGAUGGCUCCAAAAUCUGGACUCAAAUUGCAGAAAAAGACUGUCGCGCCUGGGGCUGGAAGUUCUCUGGCUUCUCCAAGACGCACAGCUCCCCCGCCAAGAGAGUUAACCCCAGAUGAAGAGUCAGCACCACCGCCACCAAAGACUGCCCUGAGGGGGCUUGCAAGCAGACAACUAUCGCGAGAGCAGCCUGUGGCACCUGGGCUAGGUGCUGCUGAGAAGGCUGAACUCGAGGAGCUCCGGGCGGAUAAAGAACGAUGGGCUAGGCAGCUGCAAGAGGACAAAUCUGAAAAGGCACGAUUGUUGCAAGAGAUCAACGAUCUGCAGCUGCAGAAUGCGCAACUCAUCGAGGAGCACACACGUGAUAACCUCUCUAUCCGUGCUAAGGAAGCACAGCUUGUCCGCUCCCGCGCCGAUGCAGAAUCGGCAGAAGCCCAGGUGCAAAAGCAACAACGCGAAAUCGAGCGCCUCAAGCGAGAGCUUGCACGCGCGGUCCGACCUACUUCACCCGCGCCCACAGAUAUUUCCGAGCACCUGUAUGGCCGUGAGUCAAGUCUUGGCGGAAGCUACGGUGGCCAUAUGGGGCGAGGUGGAAUGGACACGAACAGGAAUAGCUUUCAGUCCACAUUUUCUACAGAAGAUAGCUAUAACGGUGGAGGGUCGAUAGGUACCACCAGGGACAGGAUGAGCCCGAACCACCAGCAAGAAAGCGGCAGAACUAGCGCCGCUGGAAGCAGCACUGACAAUAUCGAGAGCUGGAAGAGAGCUGCUGAGGUCACGAGCCAGUUGAAGCUCAGAAUUGAGCAGAUGAAGGCUAAACAAGGUUUAGCAUCCAGGGGGCAGAGGUAA